AUACUUGAAUCUGACAUUUGAUUGACAGCAAAAAAUAAUGUUUUGGACGUUUUUAUAGAUUUUUUACACGAAUUAUACAAAAAAGUGCUAUGAUUAUGAUCUUAGAAGUUAAACAACUAUAAUGCCAUAAGUUCCCCUGUAAUAAAUGCCGUAGAAACAACAGAAAAGUGAGGUUAUUUCAGGAAUAACUGUGUCACUGAUUGAUCUCCGACCUACAUGAAAAAAACAAUGCAAAUUGCAAUAAAUGAGUCUUAUAAUUAGGCCUUUAUGUUAUUCAGUCCUCAUAUGGCAGAUAUUAGCGGCAAACGCUCAGCAUAAAUCUCACUUGUACUGUUAUUAUAUGAAGGACUGUCAACAAAACACUCCAAGGGAUGGGAUCAGUAAACUAAAGUCGAGGUUCUUGGAAGCUGCUGCAGAAGUACGUGGCGGUUCCGUAGACACAAUGACGAGUAAUUCAGGAGUCAAUGGAUUCUAUCGGCCCCGGAGCGCUCUAGCCCGGGCCAUGUAUGAAAAGCAGCACAAUGAUAGAUAUUUGCAAGAACUUGAUCAGAAUGAGUGGUACCGUGUGAACAAAGAGCGUCUGUGUCCUGAUCUGAUCAAGAAGUUUGUCCAGUUGUACCCCGAUGAGGAGACCAAGGAGUUCCUAUCGGCCUCCAUCGACAAGUCCUCGUGGGUGUGGACGCAAAUCUGGUACUUGCUGGCUAAGGCUGUGCUCAGGCACUUCUGGUCCGUCACGGAUAUUAAUGGCUGGCUGGGUCGCGGCUCUAUGUUCGUGCUGUCGGAGGCUCAGGCCCGGGCGCUGCUGCGCGUCACGGGGCACGGCAUCGGCGCCGGCGCACUCGUCGACGUGGGCGCCGGAGACGGCGAGGUCAGCCGCCGGUUCGCGCACAUCUACCCGCACAACUAUGCCACUGAAAUAUCGGCCAGCAUGAGGAAAACACUCGCUGAAAAAGGAUACAAACUACUAGACACUGAGAAGUGGCACCAUUACCGCCAGUUCGACUGCAUAUGCAUGCUGAACCUGCUCGACCGCUGCAGCAAGCCGAAGACCAUGCUGAAGCAAGCCAGGGACGCGCUCGCGCCCGGCGGCGUCCUCAUGCUGGCUCUCGUAUUGCCGUACAAGCCUUACGUGGAAGUGACCUCAGACCACAAACCAGAAGAGCGUUUGCCAAUCGAAGGCUUAUACUUCGAAGACCAGUUGACUGCCUUCGUGAAGUUCAUGCGUGAGGAGGCAGGCUUCGAGCUGGUAUCGUGGUCGCGAGCCCCCUACCUCUGCGAAGGAGACUUUGCCCAAGCAUAUUACUGGCUCGACGAUUCCGUGUACGUAUUCAAACCAACAGCCGUAGACCCCGCGUCUUAAACAAGAAACCUCAUGCUACAACGAUUAUUUAUUAUACUCAAUUAGCUUAAAGUUCUUAUUCCUAACUUGUAUUGUAAAAGUGAGAGUGAAUUUGCAUCUGACGCUUUCGUGAGAACACGCGCGAGAAAAUUGGUAUUUUCUUUCACACUAGCGGGUUUUCCGCACGGUUUUUUUAUGGACUACCAUUCCGACCACCAAAAUCCUGUCCGACAGUUGUAGAUGUGAUCGUUUGAACCUGUCAAUCAAUUGUACGGUCCACUCGGAAAACCCAAGCAGAAAAUCCGCUAGUCCGAAAGCGCUGUUACCCUUUGAAUGUAAGUUCGAAAUGCAGUAUACGAUUCUGAAAUUACUUAAACUUACCUGUAGUAAAUUUUAUAAGGUUUUUUAUACUUAAUCGAACAACAGACUUCGGGAACUUGAUCACGGUAUUAGGAUUUUUGUACAUUAAAUGUAACAUUAAUAUAUAGGCAUUCAGUAUCGUAUAUUGCAUUCACUUGCAAGUACCGGUCCAGCUGUUUAACUAAACUAGUUGAUUAGUUAAGACGUGCUGUUUUCAUAAUCGUUGAUCAUACCAGCCAGCCAUUAAUAGGUACUAAAUAAUCAAGGUAUUAUACUGAUUCUUUUUCUAAAGGUCUUAACUAAUACAGCCUCUUCAAUUUCAAUAUAAUAUGAAUGAAAGCUUUCUCGAAAGGAAUAAAAAUUUAUAUCAUUAUAAUGAUAGUUGGCUGAAGUGUAAGAUUAUUAUGGUGGAUCCAAAAUAUGUGUUAGGGGACAGUCCAUAUUAGGCCUUGAAAAUCAAAUUGGCUUAAUGAGAGUAGUGUCGAAUGUUUUCCACACCCUAUUCUUUGGUUCCACCGACGUAGGGUGCAUAAGAUUACUUACAUAAUUACAUUCCUAGUGUAGAUCGCGUUCUAUUCACAAACGCAUUUGAACAUUCGGACCCGUCAAUCGGUCCAACGCAUUUAUCGAUUACGUAAUGUCCAAUCGAGUUGCAAGUCUUUUUUUCUACGUACGGUUUUUAGGGUUCCGUACCUCAAAAGGAAAAAACGGAACCCUUAUAGGAUCACUUUGUUUAAUAAUUUAAUUAAUUCUUAAAUAGUUUAAUCAUGUUGUCAAUUUUCGUUCUAAAACGAUUUAUUUACGUACUUUAAAAGAAUUAUAUAUGUUGUAAAUAUAGUUUUGCUCUAUUCAACACAAGGUAGUGACAAUCAUCGAAUGUUCUAAUUAUCAAGUUCUCAAGUAUUUGUAAGAUUAUUGUAUUGGUCCAUACAUAACACACACAUACGCACAUCGAUAGCUGUUGUUUAAUAUCAUUAUGAAAUAUAUGAAUAUAAUCUGUAUACCAUGUAACUUUAAAAAAUAUUAGAUGUUUUGUACUUUUUCUACGGUGGUGUAUUUAAUAUUACUAUAGUCAUAAUAAAAAGUCCCUAACAACUCAGAUCUGGUUGUCACAAGCGACAUUGCUUGAGAUCCUACUAUAAUUCCAAAGGAUUCUGUUUAUUAAUAAAGGGUUCAUGAUAACUGGCGAGAUGCCAGUGUACUAUAAGUUGGAAUACCCUCUGCCUAACUCUUUCGGAAAACAGGCGUGAUAUUGUGCUAUGUAAUUUGAAUAAAUACUCGUAUAAUAAUAUAUUUUCAAAGAUUAUUGUAUUACGCGUAGUUUGUGAAACUAAAGUUAUUGAUAUUGUCGUUGAUAAGCAAUCAAAAAUAAGUAUUUGUUAUAUUGUGUACUUACAUAUUGUGCCAAAUGUGUGUAUGUAGAACAUUCCACGAAUAUAAUUUCGGUUUUGCAUGCUUUCUCGUUCUUGCGCGUACAAAAAAAUUAAUAACAAUUUGAAAUAAUAUUGCUCGCAAUAUAUGUAUAAUCGUGGCAAUGUCAUAAACAUUCCGAACAGUUUCAGUUGAUCAGAACAUUGUUACUUCUUUCCAAAAUGAUUGGUGUAGGUAAUAAUGAUUGUCAUAAAAAUAAAAAUAUUUUUCUCUGAUCUA